GGAGGAAAAGAGAAAUGGGAACCGAGAAGAGGAAUGAGCAGGCAGCAGUUCCAGCUUAUGAUAGGGGUGGUUUUGGUUUUGGAUUUUGGUGUUGGCAGUUUCAAUUAAGAGGAGAACGGAUCGCAGAUGAUAGGCGUGGUAGGUCCCAUGUCUCCACCUCCCAAGCUGUCUGUCUUGCUUUGUUUGAGAACAAUCCAAAGACAAAAAGGAAUCGGAGCAUCUGUGUUCAUGGCGUAUCAGUCGAUUCCGGGUCCGAGCUCGGGGUCGAGUUCAAGUUCUGGCUUUCAAUACAUGAAUUCUCCUUUUGGAGAUACAACAUACACCAAGGUAUUUGUUGGGGGACUCGCUUGGGAAACGCAAAGCGAAACCAUGCGCCGUCAUUUCGAGCAGUUUGGUGACAUUCUAGAGGCCGUUGUCAUCACUGAUAAGAACACCGGCCGUUCAAAAGGAUAUGGUUUUGUGACUUUCCGGGAUCCAGAGGCUGCUAGGAGAGCCUGUGCGGAUCCGACUCCAAUUAUUGAUGGCAGGCGCGCUAAUUGUAAUUUGGCUUCACUUGGCCGAUCUCGACCUCCAGUUACUUACGGUAUCAUCUCUAAUUUUUCCGGACGUUUGAGACCAGCUUCUUCGUACAUUGGAGGUGUGCAAGCUACACGAGGGGCUUAUGUUGGAAACUUUGGCUAUCAGCCACCACUUUCUUACAGCUAUCAACAAGGAUUGAUAUACCCUUAUGGGUAUGCAACAUACGGACCUGAUUAUGUCUAUCCUCAGAGUCUUUACAACCCUUAUGCAGCUCAGCAGUACCUUCAAAUAUAUGGGGUACCUGGAGCAGUGAACACAGCUAUCUAUCCUUAUGGACAAUUGGGUCAAACUGUUCCUAGCGGACAUGGUUAUACAGCCAUACAGGGAUAUGCAAUGCCAAGUCAUCAAAUAGUGCAGUUUGGUGGACGUGGACCCACUGCUAAUGCAAUCACAACUUCUCCGAUGCCCACAAUCCAAACACCAUAUCCCGGAGGUAUAGCAGCACCUGUUCCAGCACAGCCACAAUUUAUUGUUAGUACUCCCUCUCAGUUUAUGCAAGGUAGUGGUUCUGACCAAACAACCGGGUGAGGAGUUGAUCAAGGUAUCCUUAGAUUGCAGCAGGACUAAGAGCAGCGGAACUGCUACUUGAGUGGCGGGCUUCGGAUCUAGCCUUGCAAAUUAUUAAUUUUGCAUUCUACAGGUCAUACGUAGUCAUGCUUACCAGAGAUGUCAAUGUUGUCUGAGUCGCUCCAGAUGGUGGAGAAGCAAUAUGGAGGAUGCGGGGAAAGCUCUUCCUUUUUACCCUCGUAUGUGUAAGGCGCAUAUACUGCUAGUGCUCGGGUUGGGUGGCCGGCAGUCAUGGAUUGAUGGAUGCUGGAAUGGGGUUUCUGGCAACCAUGUAGGAAUAUUAUAAAAUGGUGUAAAAAUACAUGUUGGAAUCAACAUAUGAUUCUUUUGUAAGUCUAGUCAGUCCCAGCAUUUGGGUGUAUAGGUAGUCUCUAGUGUCGGGUGUUUGUCCAGCAUUGUACGUAGACAAAGAUUCUAAUAAUAAUAUAAUAAUAAUAUAAUU